UGAUUGUUAUAAAUACCAGGAGUUGCUAUGAGUUAGUUGCCUUGGUCAUAAUCAAGCUGCAAUAAAAGGAUUUGUGGUUUUUCACACACGUGCACGUUUAAAAUGCUGGUACCAAAACCAAGCUGGAUUACUCUGCUGCUGUUUCUCUGCCAGCAUGGUGUAAUGGGAAGGAAUGCCUUGGUAUGUGAGGAUGACACUGCAAACCUCCUGUGUCCCACGGGUUACAUUAAAGUCUCUGAAGCCAACUAUGGGCGGACCGACAGGACAAUAUGCUCUGAGGAGAAACCAGAGAGUCAGAUAUCCAAUGUUCAUUGCAUCCAAGAAACAUCCCUCCAUAAGAUGUCCCUUAGAUGUGACGGGAAAAAAAGCUGCUCUGUUCCUGCAAAGAACUCAAUUUUCUCCGACCCGUGUCAUGGAAUUUAUAAAUACCUUGAUGUGACCUACGAGUGUAUCCCUAGUAAAAGAGCUGUUAUCUGUGAACAUAACCAAAAUGAAAUUUCAUGUGAUACUGGUGUUAUACUGAUUCAAUAUGCUAAUUAUGGACGGAGAGACCGAAUAACCUGCCCUAAUCAACAUGCAGGACACGACUGUUAUUCUUCUCAGAUUAAACGCCUUCAAUUGAGCUGCAAUGGAAGGAGGACAUGCACUCUUUUUGCUUCGAAUUCGGUCUUUGGUGACCCAUGUUAUGGUACUUUUAAGUACUUGGAGGUGACUUACAGCUGUAAGUAAAGCCGCGUGAACCAGGUGACUAGACGUCUUUAAUGGAGGAAUUCUGCUGGUGAUGAAUCAACAUUUUAUUAAAAGCUUUUUAAAAUGAAUUGAGUUGAUUUGUAAGUUGGCCUUUUUAUUCAUUUAUUGAUCACAUCAUACAUUGUAAUAAUAAAGAGCAUG